CGCAGCAAAAGAAGAAAUAAAACAAAAAAAGACGGCCGCUCUUUUCCUCUUGUGCUCUUUUUUUUCUACCAGCUCUCAAACCAUGAGCGAUUCUACGAAAAGCAGUUCUGAAGUGAACACAACCCAUAAUUUCGUCUUCCAACAUCCAGAUCACCAAUGGAAACCUAAUUUCGAUAAAGUCACGAGCCAACAAGAACCAGACACGAAUUCGGACCAGCCCAGUAUCGAUUCCAACCAGCAAGACACAUUUAUAGAUUCCUCGGGUGUAGGCAAACUCAACGUGGACUGGGAUGACCUUGCGUCACAGUUCGAGCAAAACGUCAGCAUGACACCUGCGGAACAGCAGCAGACGCGUCGACAGCAGGCAUUUCAGUCGUUCAAGGCGCCGCUUACCGAUAGCCGUGGAUCCCAAGAAGAACGACGUCGACGCGCUUUGGAGUUGCAGAAAAUGAGUCGCCAGAAUACAUUGAACACCAGAAGACGACGCUAUUCAGAAAAAGAUGAUGAUGAGCAGGAAGGCGAUGAUGGUACUAGUAGUAGUAGUAGUAAUAGUAGUGAUGAGGAAGCUGACGAAGAGAACGUUGGUGCAAUGGACGCGCAUUCACAAGGGCAAGAACAGCAUCAGAGCAUGAAGCGAGGACGUGGCUCGGACGAUGAAGCGGAGCGUAUGGAAGAAGAGCCAAAGAUUCAAAAAAGACUUGGAACUCCACCUGUUCGAACAACGAAGAAGAAAGGCAAAAGAAAGAAGAACAAACGAAAAUUAGAGCAUCAAGGGAAUGCCGUCAUGUAUGGCGAGUCUAUGGAUGAGGUUCCCCAUGAUUUGCACGAGAAUUGGGUGGUCAUGCCCUAUCCCGUAGGCAAACGGUGCACACUGACUACAGGAAGAGGAGAAACGGUUGCCCGUCGAAAAAACGGCUCCGUCUAUAAACGGUUUCAGUCAAUGCUACCCAAUGGAUCAAAGGGCAAGCACGACUGGAAAACAUCGAAUCAAUGCAUACUCGACUGCGUGUAUGACCCAGUGCAUUGGACAUUCUACGUGCUUGACGUAAUGUGCUGGAAAGGGUAUUCGGUGUAUGACUGCGACACGGAUUUCAGGCAUUUUUGGUUACAAACAAAAGUGGAGAAUGAAAUGGAUGCCCGAACCACCGACAACAUGUUUUACAAGUUUAAGGCUUUACGGCCGAUGCCGAUGACAGAGCUCAACACCAUCGCUGCUGACCCGCCAAAGUACAUGGGUGAACAAGGCUAUGAUUUCAAGCUGGAUGGACUUUUGUUUUAUCAUCGUGCAACCCGUUACAUAGAAGGAAGUACACCACUCGUUGUAUGGGUGCCUUGCGAUAACCUCCACCAGCUAUCAUCGUGAUUCAAUAAAUAAAAAAAAAAUAAAAAGCAGGGCGAAAACUUUGUCCGAGCCCUCCCGCGUGCACCACAUCCAACCGC